ACAAUGGCCUCUGCACUGUGGAGGUGUCCGAUGUUUCGCUGCCUCUCGCUCCUUCUCCUCUGCUUUCACUGUUCACAAGGGUUCAGCCGUGCGGCCCUGCCUUUCGGGCUGGUCAGGAGGGAGCUCUCAUGUGAAGGAUAUGCUAUUGAUCUCCGCUGCCCGGGGAGUGAUGUCAUCAUGAUCGAGACGGCCAACUACGGCCGAACCGACGACAAGAUCUGUGACGCUGACCCGUUCCAGAUGGAGAACGUCAACUGCUAUCUCCCCGAUGCCUACAAGAUCAUAUCACAAAGGUGCAACAACCGUACGCAGUGUGUGGUUGUCACUGGCUCUGAUGUCUUUCCCGAUCCAUGCCCUGGCACCUACAAGUACUUAGAGGUCCAGUAUGAGUGUGUUCCCUAUAUUUUCAUUUGUCCCGGGACUCUGAAGGGUGUAGGAGACGCCACCUUCCUGUUCGAGGCGGAGCAGCAGGCGGGGUCGUGGUGCAAAGACCCGCUUCAGGCCGGCGACAAAGUCUUCUUCAUGCCCUGGACGCCGUACCGCACCGACACCCUCAUCGAGUACGCCUCACUGGAGGACUUCAAAAAUGGCCGCCAGACGACCACCUACAAACUGCCGCACCGCGUUGACGGCACGGGCUUCGUGGCCUACGACGGUGCCAUCUUCUUCAACAAGGAACGCACUCGCAACAUUGUCAAGUUUGACCUGCGCACUCGCAUCAAGAGCGGCGAGGCCAUCGUCAACAACGCCAACUAUCACGACACCUCGCCCUACCGCUGGGGGGGCAAGACCGACAUUGACCUUGCAGUAGACGAGAGGGGCUUGUGGGUAAUAUACGCCACGGAGCAGAACAAUGGGCGCAUUGUGGUGAGCCAGCUCAACCCCUACACUCUGCGCUUCGAGGCCACAUGGGACACGGCGUACGACAAGCGCUCGGCCUCCAACGCCUUCAUGGUGUGCGGCGUGCUCCACGUGGUGCGCUCGACCUACGAGGAGAACGAGAGCGAGGCCAGCCGGAGCCAAAUCGACUACAUCUACAACACCAAGCUGAGCCAGGGCGAGUACACCGACAUCCUGUUCCCCAACCAGUACCAGUACAUCACCGCUGUGGAUUACAACCCCAGAGACAACCAGCUGUACGUGUGGAAUAACUUUUACAUCGUGCGCUACGACCUGGACUUCGGCCCGCCGGAUCCCGCUGAAGUGCCAACCAGCGAGGAUUUCUCGCCCCCGUCCUCCGUGCUCAGGACCACGGUCGUCAGCACCACGGCCGUGUCCACCGUGAAGGGGCAGGGUGACACCACUGCAGCAGGCGCCGACCCCAGAGAUGGGAGGGACCCGUUCGAGGACAACCGUGGAUCAUCGGCUACAGCGGAGCCCACCGUCCCGGAGCUGCCACCAACACCCAGACGCUUCUGUGAGGCGACCAGGAGGAGAGCCAUCGACUGGCCCCAGAGCCACACCGGGAACACAGUGGAGAGGCCCUGCCCCAAAGGGACCAGAGGCAUCGCCUCCUUCCUCUGCACCGUGGCGGGGACCUGGUGCUCCAAAGGACCAGACCUCAGCAACUGCACAUCCCACUGGGUGACUCAAGUGGCACAAAAGAUCCGAAGUGGCGAAAAUGCUGCUAAUUUAGCCAAUGAGCUGGCACGCCACACACAGGGCCCGGUGUUCGCGGGAGACGUCAGCUCCUCGGUGCGCCUGAUGGAGCAGCUCGUGGAUAUCCUUGAUGCUCAGCUGCAGGAGCUCAGGCCCAGCGAGAAGGACUCAGCUGGACGCAGCUUCAACAAGGCGAUUGUGGACACUGUUGACAACCUCCUGAGGCCGGAAGCUCUGAAAUCCUGGAAAGACAUGAAUUCCACAGAACAAACGCACGCCGCCACAAUGCUUCUGGAUACCCUGGAGGAAGGGGCGUUUGUCCUUGCCGAAAACCUGAUUGAGCCGGCGAUCGUCAAAGUGCCCGCAGAGAAUAUCAUGUUGGAUGUGUACGUGUUAAGCACCGACGGCCAGGUGCAGGACUUCAGGUUUCCUCAGACAAGCAAGGGUGGAGCGUCUCUUCAGCUUUCCUCCAACACGGUCAAAGUCAACAGCAAAAAUGGUGUUGCCAAGCUAGUUUUUGUGCUCUACAAACACCUGGGUCAGUUCCUCAGCACCGAGAACGCCACUCUGAGGGGAAUGGGGGAUCCGAGCAAACGCAACCUCUCCCUCACCGUCAACUCCCACAUCCUGUCUGCUUCUAUCACCAAGGAGUCGAGCCGUGUGUUUGUGGCCGACCCCGUCAUCUUCACACUGGAGCACCUGGAUAAGGAGCACUACUACAAUCCAAACUGUUCCUUCUGGAAUUACUCGGAGCGGAGCAUGAUGGGAUACUGGUCCACUCAGGGCUGCAAACUGCUGGAAACCAACAAGAGCCACACCACAUGCUCAUGCAGUCACUUGACCAACUUCGCCAUCCUCAUGGCUCACCGGGGAAAUGUGGGGGAGGGGAGCGUCCACGAGCUUCUUCUCACCGUCAUCACGCGGAUGGGCAUCGCCGUGUCUCUCGUCUGCCUCGCCAUCAGCCUCUUCACCUUCUGCUUCUUCAGAGGUCUGCAGAGCGACCGCAACACCAUCCACAAAAACCUCUGCCUCAACCUCUUCAUCGGCGAGCUCGUCUACCUCGUGGGCAUCAACCUGACAGAACCAAAGCUGGUGUGCUCCAUCAUCGCCGGCGUUCUCCACUUCUGCUUCCUGGCUGCGUUCGCCUGGAUGUGUCUGGAGGGCGUGCAGCUGUACCUCAUGCUGGUCGAGGUGUUCGAGAGCGAGUUCUCGCGCAGAAAGUACUACUACGUCUCCGGGUACCUCAUCCCGGCUGUGGUGGUCGGCAUCUCAGCCGCCAUCGACUACAGAAGCUACGGCACGCAGCGGGCAUGCUGGCUGAGGGUUGAUAACCAUUUUAUCUGGAGCUUCAUCGGACCUGUAACCUUCAUCAUUUUGGUCAAUGUCAUCUUCCUGGUGGUGACGAUGUUCAAGAUGGUGAAGCACUCCACCUCCAUGAAACCGGACUCGUCCAGGCUGGGGGGUAUCAGGUCGUGGGUGAUGGGAGCGUUCGUCCUACUUUGUCUGAUGGGGCUCACGUGGACCUUUGGCUUGUUCUUCCUCAAUGAAUCGUCCAUUGUGAUGGCUUACCUCUUCACCAUCUUCAACACCCUGCAAGGGAUGUUCAUCUUCAUCUUCCACUGCCUCCUCCAGAAAAAGGUGCGCAAAGAGUACAGCAAAUGUUUCCGUCAGUCCCAGUGCUGCGGGGCUCUGCCGUCUGAGGGACCGCACAGCGCCGCCAAGACAGCCACAUCUCGGUCCACGGCCCGCUACUCGUCUGCAACACAGAGCCGCAUAAGGCGGAUGUGGAACGACACUGUGAGGAAGCAGUCGGAGUCCUCCUUCAUCUCAGGAGACAUAAACAGCACCUCCACACUCAACCAGGGACAGCACUCUCUGAGCAACAGCAGGGACAUCAGUGCCAUGGACACCCUCCCCCUCAACGGCAAUUUCAACAACAGCUACUCCCUGCGAGACGACGACUAUGAGAGCGUGGGCGUCAGAGCCCCGGGUGACCUGGGGGGCCUCCACCUGGAUGAUGUCGCCUUUGAGAAGAUGAUCAUAUCUGAGAUCGUCCACAACAACCUACGGCCCCGCGUGGCCCCCAAAGGCCGCGAGCACCCGAGGGAGCAGGACCGAGCCUUGCCUCCGCAGACCAGAGUGACGGUGGACCGCGGUGGGGGUGGGAGCGGCAGCGAGGAUGACGCCAUCGUGGCGGAUCACGCCGAGGCUGCGUCCCCCCAGAGGGGAGGUGGAAGAGGAGGCCACGCCACCCUGGAGCUGCUCCUGCACCCCCACCACAAGGAGGCGCUGGAGGCCCCCCUCCUGCCACAGAGGACUCACUCCCUGCUCUACAGCGCCCAGAAGGCCCCCCGGCGCCUGGAGGGGCAGGGCGGCCAUGGCUCUGAGACUGUUACUGCAGUGGAGGACAUGGGCUCCCAGUCGCCCACCAACAACAGAGACUCCCUUUACACAAGCAUGCCCAACUUGAGAGACUCACCCUCGCCCUCCGCUUCGCCAUACCCCCCCGAGGAGGAGGAGGAGCUCUCCUCCUCGCCACGAAGCGAGAGCGAGGACGCGUAUCACAAAAGCAUGCCGGAGCUGGGCGACGCUCCACAGCCCCUGUCCUACUACCACAUAAACCGAGGCACCAGCGACGGCUGCAUCAUCACGCCCAACAACGAAGACUGCGCACAGGAAGGAGAGGCGCCGAGCGACGGACAAAUGCAGCUCAUCACCAGCCUCUGAGCCGGCCCCUCUCUGUUUGCACAGGUUUCAACAGAUGGCUGCUUUUCGGUUGAUGUCAAGAGAGCCGGCAAAAGUCUGGCUCCGCACUCCACAUGCCCUUCCUGUUAGGACAGGAAGUGAAAUGUUGUCGGGUGGGAAAAGGAAUGAAGAAAUUACUUUUUUUUUUGCACACAGAUCCCAUUAACACACAAAACACGUCCAUCCGAGGCCAGACAAAUGUGGACUGUGAAAGCUCUGCUGUUGGACCAGAGAGGUGCAGAGAAUAACACACAGGCCGCCGCGUCAGAGAUGAGUCUGGCUUUUCUGUUGUACUGUUCUGUCGAAGAAUGAGGGAUGAAAAAAAAAAAUACUCCAAGCAAAGAACUUUGAAACUCCGGACAUAUUCGAGGGGGGACUUUGCAGAACCAGGGUCUUUUUAGUCAUGAAGUCCAGAAGUAGAACUAGUGUGGCUCCACUGCACAGUCAGGACUGUAAAGUUAAGAAACCACUAAUUCAGACUCAGGCCUUAUAUUUUCUCUAUUGCACAUUUAACUGUUGUCAAAGUAACAGCUAAAGAAAAUAUAUUUUGCUGUACCACUAGUGUAAAAAUUCAACAACAAAAAAAAACAAAGAAGAAAAAAAAGAAAAGAGAAACGGCAACCAUUCAGUAGUUAUGCCCUGUCGAUGUUAAUACGAUUCUUCAGACAAGGUUAAUCAAAAUCGUGGAAAUGUGCUUCUUCCUCUCACACUUGACUCGUUGUAUUAUGUUUGAAUAUGAAAAAAAAUGAAGUUUCGAGAGAUCCAUAUGAAAUCAUGCUCACGUCUCUGCUUGUGAAGUGCUUUUGCUUUCAUGAAUGAUGAUUCUUUUGCCAGUAGUAUAUUUGUUAACACCGGGCCAUGCACAGAUUUGGAGUGAAUUUGGAAAAUUGUGUAAUUUAUUUUACUUGAAGGAAUUGUCAAGUUUAAAGACUUAUGUUCACGCCAAUGCGAUAUUGCAAUUUUUGCGGACAUAUUUCAUCCUUUGACACUAAUUAAUUUAUUAACUGAACUAUUCAGAAUAAAAAAAAAGGAAAAAAGAACAUGGCAGGAAAGUGUGAAAAGUUGUUGCAGCACUGAUUAGGUUAAUUUUAUUUCUUUUGUAAGAGUCCAUCAUCAGCUGAUAUUUAAUUCAACUCCUGUUUGAUAUCAAAUAAAUGUGAAAAUUUUUCUU